CAGUUUUGGGAGAUACAGAAAGUGUUGUUUAUAUUUCGAAAGGAGAGGAAAAGACUUGUCACUUGACAUAUUUCACAAAUAUGUCGCUAACUGCCCUGCCAGCGAAGUUGAAAUCCAUCGGACAUUAUAUAAAGACGGCGACGGAACACGACAAGCGAGACCCGGUGGUGGCGUAUUACUGCAGAUUUUAUGCAGUUAAGAAAGGGAUAGAAAUCGACAGUUCAUCAGCAGAAUGCAAAAGCUAUUUACUUGGACUGAUGGAUUUUUUGGAGAAGCAAAAACAAGCUUGUCCAGAGGAUUCACCAAUCAGAAAUGAGGUCAUAGGUCAAGCCCACGUGGAGAACUAUGCCCUGAAAGUGUUCCUGUAUGCAGACAAUGAAGAUAGAGCUGGCAGAUUUAACAAGAAUGUGGUGAAAUCUUUUUACACCGCUGGGAUGCUGUUUGAUGUUUUGUCUGUCUUUGAUCUUGUCAGUGAAGAUAUAGAAAAGAACAAAAAAUACGCCAAAUGGAAGGCAGCCUACAUUCACAAGUGUCUGCAGACUGGUGAGACCCCCGUAGCUGGGCCUCUACCAGAAGAGGGUGACGAAGAUGCACCACAGCCCUCCACCUUUAGUGGUGCCACAGCAGGGCCAUCAUCUUACAGCAACCAGCCACCAAGUCAGCCUUCACCCCCCUAUCCACCCCCAGGGAAUCAGUUACCAGGUGGCGCUCAGAGCUGGCCUCAGGAACAACCGCAGGCCUCCUACCAACCACCACCACCACAACCCCAGUACUCCGCACCGCAGGAGACGUGGAAACCGCCCUCCAAUCCCAGUGGUGUCAAAUUAAAUUCUGAGGACUACCAGCGAGCCAUGAAGCUUUGUAAAUUUGCCAGUAGUGCACUACAGUAUGAAGAUCCUACCACAGCCAUAGACAAUCUAACUAAAGCUCUCACACUUUUAACUACGGGCAAGGAGAAAUAGUUCGUGGGGCAUAUGUGAGCCGAGGACAAUCUGUUAUCAUACAACAGAUAGAUAUCUGAGAGAAAAUUCUCUAAUGUAGAUUUAAUAUUAAAGACAAGUUCUUUUUCUUCUAUGUACUACAGUUUGAGAGUGGAUAUACGUAGGCUUUGAAUUUUUCUUUAUAAAAUUUAAAAGACCAGACAAACAUUAUUAAGUGAUACAGUAUCUAGCUAUUAGAUAUAUCAUGCAAUAUUUAUUGAAAUAAAUCUUUUUUUUUAUGAUUAUGAUAUAUAUAGUUUAAAUUUACAAUGUAAUACCAGUAAAACAGGUAUAAUGUUACACUGUUUUGUUGAUUUCAAUAUGUAACCUGUGCAUUUUACAGCAAUUAAUGAUUAAUAUGAAAACUGCUUAUGGUUAUGAAAAAAUAGGAUCAUAUCAAACACGAAAGUUAUGAAAGGUGAAUAUCAUGAGUUACAAAGGGUGCCUGCAGGUCUUGGAAAUUUUAGGCCAUUAAUUUGUAGAUGAUUCAUGAUAUCAAUUGUGAUUAUAUAAAUUCUUUUAUUUAUUGUAUUAAUUGUUUAUCAGAAAUGGUUUUUCAGUGCUUGAUUUGGAGAAAAACCAAUUAAUUUGAAUUUGACAGGAAGUCUACUUCAUCUGCAGAUCACCCAUGCUCGUCCUAGAUGGGUUUUUUUUGUUUUUGUUUUUCGUCCUAGAUGUUACAAAAUGUAUAAUUUUGUGUUUUAUGAUGUCGUGUGACCUGACUCUUAUAAUGGCAUGUGACCUGACUCUUACAAAUACACUGUAAUUGUGUCGGUGAUAUGCAGCUUGUAAAAUGUGACGAAUUGCAGUGUAAUACCAUACUCUUCUCUAUAACGUUGCACAGUAUGAAUGCCAUAGCUUAUGGUUCUUUCCUCCAGACAUUUUGGUUAGAAUUUAUUAAGCGAGCACAUUUAUAUAUGACCAUCACAUGCCUUACUAUGUAUUAUUAUUCAGAAACAUGUGCUGUUAGGUAAUACAUGUACCUAUUUAUAUUUGUGAUUUUUCAUGGUUAGUUUUUCAUUGUUUGUUGAAUAUUUUCGUGCAUACUUCAUGUACAGUGGACUUGAUGUACAGGCAAGUGAAACACCUUUCAGUCCAAGUAAGAUAAGAUACUUUGAUCCGCUCACUUAGAUCAUUCAAUAUUGUGAAGCAUAAUUAGAUUGGUUGCUUUUAUAUAUUUUAUUUAUUUCAUGUACACAAAUAAUAGGUUUUGAUUUCAAAUGACUUAACACUCUCUUAACCGAUGAUUCACAUAGUGUAAAAAUGUCUUGAUAAAAGGGUUCUAGAUUUUAUCUUUCACAUUUUGUAUACAGUGUGUACCUUUUUCACCAUUGGUUGGAUCUUUGUCAUAUUUCUUACCAAAAUACAUUAACAAUGUUAGAAAGAAAUAGGAAUAAUUACAUACAAAGUGAAAUCAAAAUAUUUUUCUGUUGGAAGAUUUUCUUUAUGAGACCAUUAGGAAAUAUACAUAGUGCAUUAAUAGAUGAAUUACAACCGCAUGCGAUGAAGUUUGAUUUCUCAUAUUUAAACAAAGUUACUGUACAAUAAAAGUGAAGAUAACGAA